AUGGCCCUGCGCGAGCUGCCUUACCGCACCGCCGCCGCCCUGUGCAGAGACGCCAGGCCCGCCGUCCACGCCGUCCACGCCGUCCAGCCCCUGUUGCGCCGCAAUGCCUCGUCCGAUGCCGCCCGCGACGUCGAGUCGACAUCCUUCCUCGCCGCCCCCGCAGAGCCCGCCGAGGCCGUCAAGGACUUCGACCCCAUAGCGAGGAGUAGGGCGCGGAGGAGAGGCAACAAGCAGCUGCCGCCCAGCAGAUACCAGUACCGCGAGCCCAAAUACUACCGCGGCCCCCUGCACCCCCACCAGCCUCUGCCCGUCUCCGACCCGGCCUCGCGACGCUUCCAGCCCGGCCCCUUCACGCUGCCCCGCCUCGACCAGACGUACCAGAGCACCAUCGCCCAGGACAUCCUCGCCAUGACCUACCAGCACUACCCCCCGGGCUACCGCGCCCCCAAGCUCGAGCAGCGCCUGCGCGAGUGGACCGGCGACUCGCCCUACUACAAGGGCCGCCCCCUCCGAGGCCCGCGAGGAAAGGGCGAGGUCCUGCGUCUGUUGCAGGAGCCGCGCACCUUCCGCAACAUCCCCAAGAUCACAAAGGUCGUCGUCCACUCCAUGGUCCCCGAGGCCAUGCAGGACAGCGCGCACAUGCACGUCGCCGGCAUGGUCCUGCAGGCCAUGACCAACGUCCGCGUCGAGUCCCACAAGGCCCGCCACAACGUCGUCGGCUGGGGGCUGCGCGAGGGCCGCUACGUCUCCGUCACCGCCACCAUGGUCCGCGAAGACGCCUCGCACUUUCUCGAGAAGCUGAUCGACGUCGUCCUGCCCAGGAUCAAGGAGUGGAAGGGCGUCCCCGGCUCCUCUGGCGACGGCCACGGCAACAUCACCUUCGGCCUGACGCCCGACCAGCUGGCUCUGUUUCCCGAGAUCGAGGUCAACUAUGAUGCCUACCCGCCCAAGAUGAUCCCCGGUUGCCACAUCACCAUCGUCACCGACGCCACAAGUAACAAGGACGCCCGUCUGCUGACCCAAGCCAUCGGCCUGCCCUUUUACGGCAAGCUCAACGACUAG